AUGAGAUUGAAUAAACUUUAAUGAAGAACCACUGUGUUAAUUCGUUAACGAGAAUUUUGUGAAAUAUGGCGAGAGCAGGGAAGACUGCACAAGAGUUCAUUCAGUGCUCAUUUUCACCCAUUGUAGCCGUAUUGUGCAGUCAAAAAGUAGAUAAUGUGGUGGCUAAGAACAAUUUAUCUUUCACGGAACUAUUGCAACCAUUUGCAUGCAUGGAUUGGGAAGGUCAGUUCCGUGAGCCAGGUGGAAGUAUAUGUUCUGUUAAAAACUGGAAAUUGGUCAUAAGAGAUGUGACCUGGAAACCAUUACAGCCUACUGAAGCAAGGAGGCAGUUAAAUAAUGCAGUUUUGCAUAAUUACAAUGAGAAGACUGUUGUUGUUGAAAUCGAUGGCCGUAAAUUUGAUAUACCACAAUCAACACCAUGGUUUGAUGCAUGGAGGGAAGCAUACUUAGAUGUCCAGUUCCCAUCAGACCAUGAGUUUACUAAACAUUUCCUUUCCUGCAUCAUAGUUGGCACAACUCAUGAUGACAAUAUAAUUGAUACAUACAAUAGUCUGAACCAGCAGUAUGCUCAAUUGCAGAAUGUAACACCACCUAAACUACCCAAGUGGUUCAAUAAUGAAAUAUUGAAAUCUUAUCUUUUGCUGCAUGAUGUUUCUUCUGUUACCAAGGAAAAGGCUGAUGCAGCCUUUGAAACACUGAAACAGACUUUUGGCGCAUCAAACUGUUUCAUGCUGAGCAUCAACUCCAAAACUACAGUUGAUUCUUGCUUGCCUUCUGAUUAUUGGACUCCAUUUAUUAAAAGAGCUUCUGACACGAUUACUGAUAUAUCAUCAUCUCUCACCAGCACACCCCUUGAGCCACAAAACACAUUCCCUCCUGCAAAUGUUUGUGGUCCAGGAGCAGAUCCAAACACAUUGUCCGUGUCAAUAAAUCCAGAGACGAUUCAUCCAUUGACAGCUGAUAAUGAUAUAUAUGAUAAUGCUAACAGUUUACAGACGCAUUCUUUCUCUGGCAGCUCUGAAAGCGUAAGCGUAUCAGGCAAAGCUUUGGAUUUCUUAACCGAAAUCCAUGGAGCAGCAUUAAAUGCUAGUGAUAUUGAAGAAAUAAAAAGAUUUAUGCAAGAAUAUGCUUCUAAAGCUUUGUUACCACAUGUGGAAAAACUAAUCGCCCAGCUUUCUGAAGGCGUGGCCACGAAGAAAGGCGUCAGUAGAUCCCUCAUAUCAGCUACUAAGAGAUGGUUUAACACAGGCAAAACUGGAAAUACUACAGUCAACAACACUGUUAUUUAUUCAAGCGACUGUCCGGAACUACAGCUGCGUCGCCUCGGCGACCUCUGGUUCAUGUGCGGUCAAUGGCUCCGGGCUUUUGACACUUACCACACUGCAAAGCGAGAGUUCUACGCGGACAGCGCUUGGUUGUGCUACGCGGGCGCACUUGAGAUGGCAGCUAUUAGUGCAUUCAUGGCCGGUGAAGCUACUCGUAAGACACACGGUUACAUGGAAGAAAGUAUCGUCACUUAUUUGAAUACUUGCAGAAUGGUACAAUACGCCGUACGAGCCACAUUACUCUCGGUGCUUUGUUUAAAAAGCUCAGGGUUACAUGGAGAGGCAGCCAAACAACUAAUUCGCAUGACAUCUGAAGACAGUGACUUGAGAAGUGCUAUGUUACUGGAACAGGCUGCCUUAUGUUUCCUCUCCGGCCCUGGACAUAAGGCUAUGUGUCGAAAGUACGCAUUUCACAUGGUGCUGGCUGGUCAUAGAUUCUCGAAAGCCGGUCAAAAGAAACAUGCAUACAGAUGUUACAAACAGGCUUACGAGGUGUACGCCGAGAGCGGUUGGCGACUAGCAACUGACCACGUGCAGUUCGCACUAGGCCGGCUGGCAGGCGCGCUGCGGUUAGCACGCGAGGCCGUGUGCUGGCUGCGCGCGCCACUGGCGCCUCACUCGCUGCAGCCCGCGCCGCAGCAGACCGCCUUCCUGCACGAGUACAUGCUCGCGCACCAGCAAUGGUUAGAAGGCGCAGAGGACUACAAAGAUCGGCUACCCGCAUUACCAUUACCCUUGUUAGAAACCGAAGCUACCACAGUACUUUGCAUUGGUCCCGCGCCUCUAUCGUCUCCAAGCCGCGUUCCAGCCACGUCGCUUAGCCUUAACGACGAAGCGCGACCGCAUGAAGAUCAGUACUGGCAUAAGUUGGAAGAAAUGCUCUUACAAGUCGCACAAGGCAGCGUUCCCAUGAUAUUUAAACCAACAAUCGAUUUGUAUACGGAAAAAACUGAUACUAACCCAAUUGUUCCACAGGGUGAACCUAUACAAGUAUCGAUAACGUUACGAAAUCCCCUAAAGAUUUCUCUAGUCCUAAAAGAUGUAGAGUUGCUAUGGAAAUUUGUGUCUAGUGCAGACGAUCCUGAAGCUCCAAAAGAGAUUCUAAAUAAUGAACCAACGGUCGCUACUGGGAAUGUUCUAGAUACUAAUGUUAUUUAUGGACAGAAGAUCAAAUCUGUUCUAUUGGAAGGGGACUGUAAAAAAGUGGUUACUUUCUCGUUGACUCCGUUACGUGUUGGGCAGUUGUGCGUGCACGCAUUGGCGUACAAGUUGUUCAACGUCGGGGAAAGGGACAACGAAACUGGAAACGUAAUGAUAUCAGGAAAGUUAGACCUCCUGUCUGGCGUUAACAACGCGGACAAACGAUUGCAAAUAUCAGUUAUAUCACAUGCUCCGUGUUUACAGAUGACAUUUUCUGAGACCGACCCCGAGGUACUAAGUGGCGAAAUGCGAACAAUCGACGUCGAGUUCCGCAAUGUAGGCCCAAUCGACAUGAGAAACGUGUACGUCGCAGUGUCGCACCCCGACUGCGUCAGUCUUGUCACCGAUCAGGCGCCUGAUGACUUUAAAGCCUUAUACGAGGAGAAAUUUCGGGAACCGCUCACUUACGCCGAUGAGCGUGCGGGCCGCGCGGUUGCCUGGCGAACACUAGCCGCCCGCCACGCGGUAAUGGCGGCGACGGCUGUGCCCAGCGGCGGACAUGCUCGCGCGCAACUACUGUUGCGCCCGCGCCUGUUCGCGCCACGUCUCUGCCUUCUUGUCUACUACGAGACGGGUGCCCCCGCGCGACCAUACCGACUUCUUCGCCACGUCUUCCACUUCAAAGUUACGGAAGCUGUUGAGGUCUCGAUUACACCGAGAAGAAGUCUUCGUACUGUCGAAAAUAUUACAAGAGAAAACUUAAACUUGGCUGUGGAAAUUAAGAACGUUUUCAACGAUACAGAUGAGGAUGUCUCAAUUGAAAUCUUGGAAGCGUCCUUGCUCAGCAGACAGUGGCAACUUACGGAUCUCACUGCAGCCAGGAAUAAAGAUGAUCAUCUGAUGUCGCACGAAAGGCUACAUCUAAUAUUUAAAGGUUUGCGAAUUUUGGAAACAUUACCCGAGGGCAAAAUUGACUAUUCACGGUUGAAAGUAUCAAGUAGCCCUGCAGCAAAUGAUGAUAUUAAUGUUACACCUUAUUCCAAAUUUAUAGUGGAGUACAAGUCUUCACUAACCGACCUUCCAGAACCGCUAGCGAAGGAUAAGAAGAAUAGCGGUUUGAUUCAAUCGAUGUUUGUGCUGAGAUGGAAAGCACACUAUAAAUCAAAAGGGAAAACUACAAUCGGUCAACAUUGCCUUUGGUUGAAUUGCUUUAAUAAAGUAGAAUCGCGAGAGAGACAUCAUAUGCCCAUAGAUAUACCUACUUUGCAAUUAGAAGACUACGACAGCAAAGUAGAGUUGAACGAAACGAAGAAGAAAAAUAAAGAUAACGUGAUCACGUUUAGAUUAGAACACUCGAACAACAUUAUACAUAAUUUCAAUCAAAGAAAGUUGUGCCUGGUACCUAUUACGAUAAAUAUCGUAAAUUGCAACGGAGUUCCUGUGCAAGUGUUUAUCGACAUGACGAAGCAACAAAACAGAGAAUCGUAUGGUGUGCUAGGGUGGGCAGGCGCGUUGAAUAGUGGCAGUGAAGCAGAAGCAAAAGAGUUAGGUGUGAGCGUAUCUUUGGAGAAGUUCGAAUCGCGCAAAGUCGAAGUGCGAGCAGUGUGCGCGGCGCCCGGCACUUACCUCGUGGGCUCGGCCUUCGCUGUCUCCAUCUGCCAAGAGAACGACCAGCAUUCCAUGGCACACUGUGUCAACAAUACAUCUCUUCUCAUUGUGCAACAAGCUUAAGUAUCUUAUGAUUAUUCAAUAAAUAUGUAGGUAUAUGUUUGAAUUUAAUUGUUUUAAACCAGUGAGAAAGCAGAGAACUUACGUUUCUUGCGCAUAAUUUACGCUCUCCGAAAGGACGGGGCGGGGGAAGAGUUCUAUCUCAGUACAGUGUUUUGUGUUGUACAAAGUGGUAAGUUAAUUACGUUACACCCGAAGGAAGGUGACUCAUUCAUUCGAACUAUAUAUUUUGGUCAAGUGUAGUAUGCAGUUUCUCGAUUUUGGAGGGGUCACUGUAGUAAAAGUGGUUCUUAUUGAUAUAAUAGUGGU